CCCUACUUCGUUAUUUCUGUUUGCUCGAAAUAAAACCGGAAAACUAUGUAAACAAAUUACUGGAUUUUUUAAUUUAUUAAGAAAUUUGUGAAUAAUAAAUGCACAAAUACGUAUGUGAGUUGAGGUACUAAUAGGAAAAUGGAGUCAACAUCGAAAAGGGGAACUAAAUCAUCAGUCCGUUACACAUACUCCGAUGAAGAUGAUGAAUCGGAGAAACCAGUGGUUAAGAAGAAGAAGAAAGUGGAAGGCGGUAAAACAUCAGUGUGCAAAAUUUGCCAUAAGCGAUAUAAAGACAGCCGUCACAUGGAGAUCCACAGGGAGACACUGGACUAUCGGUGUGACACAUGCGAUGCACAGUUCAAGACCAAUAGGUAUCUAGCAAGGCACAAGACAAGGGUGCACGCAACACCGACGCACGAGUGCGAGUUCUGCGGCAAACGGUUCACGAUGCCCAGCAAGUUGGAUCAACACAGACUGGUGCAUACUGGCGAGAAGCCGCACAAAUGCGAGGUAUGCGGGAAAACAUUCAGAGCCAUUUAUUCUCUGAAGACUCAUCGACUUUUGCAUACAAACGAGAAGCCAUACAAAUGUCAGUAUUGUACAUACGCCUGCAGAGACAGCUCCACAUUACGGAAACACCACGAGCGUCACACUGGCACGCUGAAAUGGCAUCAUUGUUCCUACUGUGACAAAAAAUUUUACGCCAAAUGCAUGUUGAAAAAUCACGUGUCCGAGCGCCAUUUCGCUGUGGAUUUGAAGGUGAUACCGUGUCCUAAAUGCCCGUCCAAGUUCAAGACAUCGGGAAAACUGAACUAUCAUAUAAAAACGGUACACGACAAGGCUUACCGCGCCGAGUGCGAAGUGUGCGGCGUCGUGAUAUCGAACAAAAACAAUAUGGCGUCGCAUCUACGGGCGCACAUCGAUGUGAGGCCGUACCGAUGUCCGGAUAAAUCGUGCAAGAGGAGGUUCAAAGAUAUGAGUUCCCUAAAGAAACACACUUUGAUCCACAACGAGGCGGAUCAGUUCUCGUGCGGCGUUUGCGGCGAGCUGUUCGCGAGGCGGCACCGGCUCAACGUGCACACGAGACGACGUCACGGGGACGACACGAGCACCAAUACGAAGUUUAAGAUGAUGUACUGCGAUCAUUGCGGAUUCGGUUACGACAGCAGGCAGCGACUCGUGCGUCACAUGCUCAAACAUGUCCGUCACAGGCGCACGUACGCUUGUGACGUGUGCAAGUUUGUGACGCACAGGAAACUGAGCAUCGAGAGACAUGUGAGAUACGGCCACGGGGAUGAAGACGAUGUGUUAUGCAAGAUAUGCAACAAGAAUUUCAAGUUACACGCCUACUUAAUUACACAUUACUACAACCGGCAUGGAAUUCGCUACAAGACUAUAAAGAGCAUGAAAAUGGAGACUUCAGUCACGAUAAAAGAGGAACCGCAGGAACCGAUCCCUGAUGCUGAGGUGGACCUUGAGGAGAUUCAGAAGCAGGAGCCUUUGGCCAAUAUAAUAACAGACGUGGCUCUAGACCGCGACGCGACAGACUUAUCGUACUCCAAGUCGGUACUGAACGAGGACAUCAGACGGAGCACGUCCUGCGGGCUGUACGCGACCUCGCCGCACAGGUUCCGUCGCAGGCUGAGGGGGAGGGCCGCUAUGAUUGACGAGCAAAACACCUUGUACGCUAGAAAAGAGAAGGAAGUCAGAAAACGCAUACGGAAGCUGCUGUCCAAAGUGAGACUGAGGAAGUGGACGCGCAUAUUGGAGAGAGCGAGACGGCAAUACAACGAACGGAUACGCGCCAUGUCAGCCAAUAAGAAUAAAGAAAAUAAUUCAAAAAUAAAAUACAUAAGCGUGAAUCAAGUUAACAAUAAUGAUAUUGAUAAAAAUAAUAAGAAUGCGGAAAAUAAUUCUAAGACAAAAGAUGAUAAAAUAAUAAGCGAUCAGUUUAACAAUGAAACGUCUAUAGAUUAUGAUACCGCUGAUGAAAUUUCUUUAAAUAAUGAUAUUGAAAUGAAUGAUGAUGUUAGAAAUAUUUACGAAGAUGUGUUUGAUGUAGAAGAGAAUCCUAUUGGUAAUAAUGUUACUAACUCAUUAACAGAUGAAAGCAAAAAUGACAAAUUUAACGCUAAAGAUUCGAACAGCAUUACAACAGAAAUAAUAGUGAAUACAAAAGAAAAUUUAACUAUUCUAGCGAACGGUUUUACUGAAAAUGAUGAAAUUAAUCUCAAUCAUAAUGGCGUAAAUAUUAAUGACGAAAAAAAUAUUGACAAUGAAAAUGAUGUAGUUAUUAAAAAUGUCUUAAAUGGAACUGACAAUUGUGAAUCAAAUGAGGAGGCUGGUCAAAAUUUUGACGAGACAGACGUAGUUGAUGAUAAAAGGGUUAAAAAAGGAGAAAUGGGAGAUAAAGGGAAAAAUCUAAAAUUGAAGAUCAACACGCACCAGUGUUAUAUCUGUUAUAAGCUAUACGAAACAAAACAGAAAUUGUUACAACAUUGCGCGGUGCAUUUCGAUAUAUGUAGUGACACACCCUUGAAGAAAUGCCCCAUUUGCAAUUACGUCACCGAACUGACAAUCACUAAGCAUCUGAAAGACGCGCACGGAAUCAGUAUAACACUACCGUAUCACAAACUUAACGACAAAAACAAGAAUUCCAAUGACGCCUCCAGAUAUUGCUAUAACGUUAACGAUGGAAUUAUAAAAGAAAUUGAAAUUAUACCUAGUGUUAGGAAUCUUAAUAAGAUAGCGUAUAUCAAUAUUGACAAAAACAAUAAAAUUAAAAAAGACAUGUCCGUAGCUAAAACGAAAUUGGUCAAAAAGUCUGGCGAGUGGGUGGUUGAACAUGAAAAUUUGAAUGUGAACGAUGAAUUUAUACUACCCGAGUUUGAUAAAAGGGAAAUUAAGAAAUUGAAAAGUGUCGGCGAUCAGUAUUUAGAUGUAAUUAAGACUCUAGGUCGUCUUGCGACGAGACACAAAGCGAAAAUGUUGUAUCCUUGCAAUAAUUGCGACAAAUUUUGUAGAACAUUCGCAGCGUUGAAAUUGCACAGCCGUAGACACGAAACUAACCCUAAGCCUUUUAAAAAGAAAGUUUGGAAACACAAGUUAAAAGGGAAAGAGGUUAAAAUAAAUAAAUCUGUUAAUAAUCGUAAUAAGAAAGCGAUUGAAAUAGUGAGGCGGGCCAAACCGAGGCCUAUAGAGAACAAACACAAAUGCGACAAACAACUUAUUGAAUUUUACGAGAACAACGUGCAAGGUGCUGGCAUUGAAUUCUGGCAGUUUUUGAAGAUUUACAACAGAAUGAAUAAAGAUCACGCUGGAAAUUUGAAAGAUUUGAAGGAAACAAAUGAAUUUGGAGAUUACACGACAGAAGAGUUGAGUGUAAAUGAUAUUUCAAAGGAAGAAAAAGCAACGAGUAAUGUUGCAAUACAAAAUACAAACACUAAAAUUAAUAAUAUUAAGCCAAAGUCAAAUAUUAGGAGAAAGUUUUCUAGGAAAUUGAUUUUAAGCAAGGAAGAGAGAUUAAGGCACGCUCAGAUUAAGGAACAACUGAGAAGGAAGAACUUAAUGACAAAUAGUUAAUUAUUAAAACAUCUUAUUGUUUAUAAGUCACUUAUUAGAUGGUGCAUUGAUUUGUUAGUAAAUGUUAAUAAAUUUGCUAUAAGGUUGUUAUGAGUUUGUGUUGUUCAAUAUAAAAUUGUAGGAUAAAUAUUUUCAUUAAUUUAUAGUUAACCUUUAUGUAUAAAAAAUAUUAUAGAAAUAUUAACAUAUAUAUUUAUAUAUUUCAUUAUGGAAUACCUUAACAUCGCUGCUGGUACUUUUUCUAUAUAGUUUACAACUAUGAUCUCAAUAAUCUUUGUAUAUUUUUGUCGUAAUUCUUGCUCAAUUUGUUUUCUCUCAUUUAGUGUAUUAUUUAUUUUGUAUCGUUAAUAUUUUGCAAGGAGAAAGAGCAUGUACAUACAUUUAGUCACGUCUGUAUCCCUCGCGGGGUAGACAGAGCCAACAGUCUUACAAAGACGAUAGGCCACGCUCAGCCGCUUGGCUUAAUGACAGAAUUGAGAUUCAUAUAGUGACAGGUUGCUAGCCCGUCGCCUAAAAGAAGAAUCCCAAGUUUAUAUGCCUAUCCCUUAGUUGCAAGGGAUGUGGACGUGAUUAUAUGUAUGUAUCUAAAUAUAUGUUAUCGUUCAUAUUUACAUUACAUGGCAAUAUUGGUUUGGUAACGAAGAUAAAAAAAGAUGUAUGUAUGUAUUACAGCUGCUUCUAAUCACGCACAAAUUGUAAGUCAAUCAAGGAGUACAAUAAAUUUGGGAUUUUUAUAGUGAUGGCCUAGUAACCUAUCAUUCUUCUUCGUCGUUACCUUUUCCCCCUUUCUACGCGGGGUCGGCACAGUAUGUUAGUUUUUUUCCAAUUACUUCUGUCAAUUGCCAUCUCACUGGUCACUCCCUUUCUCCUCAUACUAUCCUUUACGCCGUCCAUCCAUCUCUUUUUCGGUCUUCCCCUAUUUCUUGAACCUUUCACUUUCAUAUUUAAGGCUCUUUUAGUAACAUGACCUUCCUCUCUUCUCAUGAUGUGUCCGUACCAACCCAGCUUAUUACCAUUCAUCUUUUCAUUUAUUGGCGCUACUUUCAUACUUCCUCUUAUAUACUCGUUACGUUUUUUAUCCAUUCUUGUCACUCCACACAUCCAUCGUAACAUUCGCAUCUCACUUGCAUGCAGUUUCCUUUCAUCCGUUGCUUUCGUUGCCCAACACUCUGCUCCAUACAGCAUAACCGGUCUGAUGACAGUCUUGUAUAUUUUCCCUUUUAAUUUAAGAGGCAUACGAGGAUCGCAUGUCACUCCUGUUACUUGUCGCCAUUUUGCCCAUCCUGCCCCUACUCUGUUGUUAACAUCCCGGUCGAUGCCUCCGUCUCCCUGUAUAAGCGAACCUAAAUACUUAAAAUUUGAGCAGACUGGUAAGGUCACACCACUUAAGGCAAUUGAGGAGAAAUUUGAUGACCCACCGAAGUCGAGGAACAUAUGUUCUGUUUUGGUCCUACUGAUCUUUAGACCUACAUACGUUUUCUAAUCUCCUGCCAUUUUCCCAGUCUGCUUUGCACUUCAGAUCCGUUUUCAGAGGCCAAGUAACCUGUCAUUGUCCCUCAAUUAUGCGGAACGGCUUCAUAUACUAGGAGUAAUGGUUCUGUCUACCCCGUUUUGGAAUGAAGACGUAAUACGUGCGAUUUCAUCAUACGUCUGUUUAUAGAUUCUAGUAUAUCAUACACUAUUUCACAUUGUUAUCGCUAACAAUAAUCAAAGCUUCGUAAUUUCCACUAAUUUAUAAUAAAUUUGCAUAAUAAAUUGUUUUGAAAGGACAAAAAUGUUUUCAUACAAAAAGUACUUUAGAUUUUUAUUUCCUAAGCAUUCUUUAGUUUAAAAAAAAAUUACGAUGUUAUUUAUAUUAUUUUAAAAGCAGGAUAUUCCUAAUAAAUUUGAAAGAGUUUUUUUUUCUAUAGAAUAUAAACGUGAUAUUUUUAAGAAUGUAAGUCAAAUUAAGCUGAAUUAUUUUUUAUUUUCCCGCGUCGUCAAAGAAAUUAAGUCGUUAACAUCACAGCAAUUAAAGAUAAUAAACGCAAAAAGUUUUAACCGCUUGAAUAAACGGUCAAGAUUUAGGGCGUAAGAAUAAGAUAAUGUAAGUAUUUUUAAAGAUUUUGGGCUCAUUAAGUUCGCCGUCCAUUUUGUUUUUUGUAAUUGUCAGCUGUCGAAAUUAGACAACUAUUAUCUAUAGCCAAAAUUUUAAAAAAUCUGCUUCAAUUUGUUUAUAUCUAUGGUUUUAUCCCAAGAAAUAGAAAAUUAGUCCAAUUUUACUUUGCUUUUAAAAUGCUCACAACGUUAUUGUAAUUUUUAUUUGUAAUGGCAUUAACACUCUCAGCAAGUUUGUAGAUUAAUUUGUUAAAUAAAUAAACUGUUAUUCCUAAAAUAGUUUUUUUUUAGCUUUAAGCGUAAGAUGAGUUU